AUGAACAGCCCCCCUUCCGACGUCGAGAUGGAUACGACAGCGCAAUACCUCGCACAGAUCAGUCGCGCCUCCGGGACAUCUGCGGUCGGGGCCUUCGCCGUAGUCACCGCAGGACCGCAACCCGCCGCAAAAAAGCAGAAGACACAGGAGGAAGAGGCACUUUCUACCAUGGAAAAAGAUGCCACAGAAAUCGAGUAUGCGCUCGUGCAGGUCAUUGAAUGCCUGGAAUCCAAUUUGACUGAUACAAAAUGCUCGCGCAUAACUAAGGACGAACACUAA